GGCUGCAAGGUUUGAAUAGGGAAGUUUACCGAGAGCAAGUCUUGCAGUUAGUUCAGUGUUUGCAAAUAGAGUAGCUACAGAGGAGGACAUAGCGGUUCAGGGAACGGGAAGCAAAACAACAUUUAAUUGCUGUGCAAUUGCAUGUGCAAGUACACCAAGGUCACUUGCUGUAAAGACUACAAACAUUUGAAAUCUCUCCAGUCUUUUAAUAUAUUGAAACAGCCUGUAGUUAGUCACAUCUGGGAUUAAAAUGGAUGUUCUACCUAUGUGCAGCAUCUUUCAGGAGCUUCAGAUCGUUCAUGACACGGGGUACUUUUCAGCUUUGCCAUCCCUUGAAGAGUAUUGGCAGCAGACAUGCCUGGAGCUGGAGAGGUAUCUUCAGAGCGAGCCAUAUGUCUCUGCCCCCGAUAUCAAGUUCGACAGCCAGGAGGACCUGUGGAGCAAACUCAUCUUGGCCUGUGGGGACAAAGGGGUGACUGAUCCAAAGAUCCCUUAUAUAAAGGAGGAGGACAAUCAGGAUAGCCAAAUUUUGGAGACCAACAGCGUGAACUCUGACGCCAGCAGCGAGGCCUCGGACAGUUCCGAGGAGCUCUCCCCAACGCACAGCUUUACCUCCAACCCCCUGAACGGCGUCUUGGUCGGCUCUGGCCACUUGAGCUCUUCGGUCAUCAGCACUCCGCCGUCCUCCCCGGAGAUCGGCUCGGAUUCCUCCGUCCCUCAGGUGUGGGGCGGCGUACAGGCGGAAUUGCACUUGCCAGGCAAAAUCAGAGGCGGCGGCGGAAAGACCGCCGACAAGACGGGCCUCGCUGGCGGGGACGCCUCACCUGACGGGAGGAGACGUGUGCACAGGUGUCAUUUCAACGGAUGCCGGAAGGUUUACACGAAAAGCUCCCACUUAAAAGCACACCAGCGCACUCAUACAGGUGAAAAGCCGUACAGGUGUUCAUGGGAAGGCUGUGAGUGGCGUUUUGCAAGAAGUGAUGAGUUAACCCGACACUUCAGGAAGCACACGGGGGCAAAGCCAUUUAAAUGCAGUCACUGUGACAGGUGUUUCUCCCGGUCUGACCAUUUGGCUCUGCAUAUGAAGAGACACCUCUAAGGGGCCAGGAAACGGUAAAGGGGAAAUUGUGUCUCCUGCCCAGCUUCAAGGUUGACCUGCCCUGAAAGAAGGGGAGAGUGGCCCCCAGCCAAAGCAUGCCAUUUUGCACCAUCCCCAGUGCCUGCAGGACCUCUUGGAGAAGCUGUUCUGAAGGUUGAUGAAACAAAAAAA